AUGUUUUCCUACGGAGAGGAGAUGUCCACAGAUCCCACGGAGGCUCAGUUCGUGAAGAUGCUCACCUUCAUGAAGCAGCCGAAGCAGGUGCUCGAGGUCGGCAUGUUCACAGGCUAUGGCGCCAUGGCCAUUGCCGAGGCUUUGCCGGCCGAUGGGAAGAUCACUUCUCUGGAUAUCGAUCCUUUUCUGAAGACCUGGGUGGAAGAUGUCACCAAAGACUUCCCGGAGGGCGCCAAGCAUGAGAUUGUGGUUGGCCCGGCACUGGACUCAUUGCAAACCAUCGAGGGCAAGUAUGAUCUCGUCUUCAUUGAUGCCAACAAGGCCGAGUACAAAGCUUACGUAGAAACGCUUCUCGAGAGAGACCUGCUGCAGAAGGACGUGAUGAUCAUAGCGGACAACACCCUCUACGUGGGCUACCCGAUGCUGUCCGAGACCUACGACACUCAGCCGGCUCGCCGAGGCUUUGGUGAUGCCGUUCGGGAGUUCAAUGCCUGGGUGCGUGACCACCCCAAGCUCGAGCAGGCUCGCAUUUACAUCAUACUCACUCUCCGCUCUUAG